AUGGUUAGGAGAAAGGGAUCAGAGAGUCACUUUGCUAUGUGCUAUUGGUUCAUUCAAGUGUUGAUAGUUUUUAGCUUGAUCGCGGUGAUGAUCUGGUUAAGCACAAGACCAAGAAGCCCUGAAUUCACAAUUACCAGCGUCUACGUUCCUUCAAUGGCUAACCAUAAUCUGUCAAAGGUUCAACAAAACCAUACUAAAGCUCAAAACAACUCUCUUGUUUUUGUUCUAAAGAUCACAAACCCAAACAAACGUAUGACAAUUUGCUAUGUUGAUAUAAUCAUGAAGUUACAUAAAGGUGGUUUUCUUAUGGGAAGCAAGCCGGUGGAAGCUUUUUGCCAAGGCCGGAAGAAGACUAUCACAGAGGAGGUGCUAAUCGAUGUUGAUGACCAAGAACUGCGACGAGUAAAUGCCGGUGGUGGUGAGGGUUUGAGGGUGAGGGUCGAGACUAGCAUCAAGUAUCAUAUCUUUACGUGGACAAAGAUUCAUCAUAUCAGGUUUGAGGGAUUUGUGAGAAUUGGAACCCAAGGGAAUGUUACUAAAAAUACAUAUUUACACAAGAUACAUUAA